ACGUACGACGUUCUUUUCGGACUUCCCGCCCUUGUGGCGUUACGAGCGAACCUGGACUUCGAACGACGAUCGAUCAUCCUCCGAAAUACAGGGGGGAAACCCUACGCUGUGCCCAUGCGAUUGACCCUCUGUACUACCAUUAACACGGUCCCUCGGGUUUCACCGAUGAUGGCAGGGACUCUCCGCAUGGUUUCCUGGAAUGGAUCCGCAGAGGGAAAUUCAUCAGCGAAUGAUGCGGACAGCAGUGACGAAGAUGAUCCGGAGAUCUUGAAACUAGCGCGACAACGCGUCUUGACUUAUCGCCGCUUCUUUCGGCAACCAACGACAUUCGAGUGGGCGGCGCUGAGAGCAGAAGAGGAGGCCGAAGAGGAAUCGGAAGGAGAAUUGAGGAGAGAGGUCGGGGAAGCAGCGACCCGAUUGGCCGAGGACGAGGAAGAAGAGCGCGAAGUUGAAGAAGAAGAAGAAGAAGAAGAAGAAGAACCAGAAGAGGAGACUUCAGAGGAAGAGGAGGAAGCCUAUAGUGAGUACAGUGAGGGCAAGCAAAGUGAGGAGGAGGACGAAGACGACGAAGAAGUGGAAAGCGGAGACGACCAGGCGCCAACGCGCGACGACGAGCUCGAGUGGGUGCCAGGACCGGAUCGACGAGAGAACCCGUGGGUGGCGGUGGACGUUGCUCUUCCUCGUGGACGUGCGCGAAUGGAGGGAUGUGAUGGGGGUGGGCGUGCUGUGCUGUUGCCGACGGAGAGGACAGCUGUCGCGGCGGCAGCCGUUGCCGUAGUCCGUCGAUACGAAUUGGAGAAGGCGGCGGGCCGCAUGAAGGCACCGCUUUCCAGGCGGCGACACAGGCUUUUGCUGCAGAGGGUGUUGGACGCCCCGGACUGCAUCACGACUUCGGAGGCCGUGGCUCAGCUGUGCGUUGCAAUCGGCUCCGGUGUGCUUCCCAGGGCGACGCCACGUUGGUGGAUGAGGCGGAGAACUGGCGGGACUUGGGAGGAUUUGCGGGUGUGCGACGACGCGACGGAUGACUACUUCCGGGAAAAGCUCCGCAUGUCGAGGAGAGUGUUCAUGGAGAUCACCGAAGCCUGUGCGCCUCAUUUGCAACGACAAGUCACGUUCUACAGGGAGCCGCUUCAGCCGGAUCAGAUCGUCGUGUACUCGCUGUAUAGGUGGGCAACAGGAGAGUCGUACGACAACAGCACAUCAUCGUUCGGCAUUGGCAGAGCAUCCGGAGUUCGAGCCGUGCACGAUGUGACAGCCGCGUUGCUGCGGGUCUACGGGGACAAGAUAUCGUGGCCGACCCGGGUGCGUAAACACGUGGUGCUACGGGCGUUUCAAGACAAGGGCUUUCCCAACUGCCAUGGCGCAGUUGACUGCACACACAUCUACGUGGACAAACCGGCGAACGCUCCGAGCGAGAACUACUUCGACCGCAAGCACCGUUUCUCCGUCGUUGCGCAGGUGGUGGUGGACCUGGAUCUGCGUGUGCUUGACGUCUUCAUUGGCUACCCGGGCAGCUGCCACGACAUUCGGGUGAUUCAGCUGUCAAGUCUGUCGAGGUGCGCGGAAGAGGGAACGCUUUUUCGCCGGCCGCCUGUGACGCUGCCGGGAGGGGUGAGGACGAACGGAUACAUCUUGGGCGACAACGGGUAUCCUCCUUCGGAAUGGAUAGUGGUGCCGUACGGAGGAAUCAAUCAGCACCCAGACGAGGAAAGGUUCGACAACAAACAGAAGGUCGCUAGAGGUGCUGUGGAGAGGGCGUUCGGGAGGUUGAAGGGGAUGUGGAGGCUCUUCCUGCGGUUGCACAAGACGAACUUGGAUACUCUACCACAGCAGUUCAUGACCGUCUGCAUUCUCCACAACAUCCUGCUCGAUGCUGGGAUCGAGUUCGACGAGAACUUGUUGUGGGAGGUCGACGAGAACGGGGUGAGGCGGCGAGUGGACCUGGGAAUUCAUCGUCCACCGCAACCAGUGACGAUGCUGACAUCGACGGACGCCACACACGCGCUCCGCAAUGCCCUUGCAGAGCGGAUGAAACACAUCUGAUCGUGCGUGUCGAUCCACUCCGCCUCGCGUGCAUAGACAGAAGCCGUGUGCGUCCGUCGUCGAGUCGCAGCGCUUGCGUCAUUCGCGA